GCACAUGCAUAGUACAGGCAUGGGAUCAAAGGUACCUAUAUAAACUCCCAGACUCUGUGUGGGUUCAAACACAUUUCAAAGCUUCGGUAUCCUGACAAGUUUCAUUCUCCUUCCUGACAUUCCGAGUCAGGUAACAUGGUUCUCCUGGAAUCCAGGAGACAAAUGGGAAAGCUAUACCAUCCCAGGAACUGGCCCUGCACGGCGGUGCUCUCUCUGCUUUUUAUCCCAAGUAUCUCCAAAGGGGUACAUGUGACUCAACCAGCAGUGGUCCUGGCCAACAGCAGAGGGAUUGCAAGCUUUGUGUGUAACUAUGAAUUGACAAACAAAACCAAAGAGAUCCGAGUGGGGCUUCUUCGACAGAUGGACAACCAGAUGGUUGAAGUCUGUGCUUCAACAUAUCUGGUACAGAAUCAACCAGUAUUCAUGGAUGACAUGCUUGAGUGCACAGGAAAUGCCAGUGGGGAUAAACUGAUGCUCACUCUCACAGGACUGAAGGCCUCGGACAGUGGACUGUACAUCUGCAAAGUGGAGCUCAUGUAUCCUCCCCCCUACUACAUGGGUUUGGGCAAUGGAACGCAGAUAUACGUCAUUGAUCCUGAACCUUGCCCAGACUCUGAAGUCAUGCUCUGGAUCCUGGCAAUCGUGAGCUCUGGAUUAUUUUUUUACAGCUUCCUCAUCACAGCUGUUUCCUUGAAUAAAAUGCUAAAGAAAAGGAGUCUUCUCACUACAGGAGUCUAUGUGAAAAUGCCCCCAACAGAACCUGAACAUGAGAAGCAAUUUCAGCCCUACUUUAUUCCCAUCAACUGAGAAAAAGGAGUGGUGCAUAGAGAGACAGUUUUCCAACUGCAAGAGAAACUGAGAUCUUCACUUUCAUUAUAACCUGCUUUAAAAACAUUUUUUGAAGGAGGGAGGGUAGAGGGUGGGCUUGAAUGUGGGAGGAUGAAAAAACAAACAAACCUCUAAUUAAAAUACAGUUGACUAUAGAGCCCUAGCUAGGUAUUUGGAGAAUUAAAAUCCAAAGAGCAGGAUAUGUCAGGGAAGAGAAUGUUUCUGACAUCUUGAGGAAAUAUGAACUAAAAGGAUCCAUCCAGGAGCAAAACAAGAAUACCUUAUGAUAUAGGAUGGCGGACCUAGGUUAGGGCAAUGUAUUAAGGAAGGAAGGAGAGGACUUCUGUUCAACUUUGUAUUUUAAAUGUACUAAGCAAGUCUGAGCAAAAUUAUCU